GUGCGUGCGCGCGGCGUUUCCGGCCCGGCGGCGGAGCGUGGAGCGGUGCGGCUGCCAUGGUGCUGCUGGAGAGCGAGCAGUUCCUGACCGAGCUGACGAGGCUGUUCCAGAAGUGCCGCACGUCCGGGAGCGUCUUCAUCACGCUGAAGAAGUAUGAUGGCCGAACAAAACCAGUCCCACGCAAAGGCCAUGUAGAAAGCUUUGAACCUGCAGACAAUAAGUGUCUUCUCAGAGCAACGGAUGGAAAGAAGAAAAUUAGCACAGUGGUGAGCUCAAAGGAAGUAAACAAAUUCCAGAUGGCAUAUUCUAAUUUGCUGAGAGCUAACAUGGAUGGCUUGAAGAAAAAGGACAAGAAAAGCAAAAACAAGAAGAGUAAAGCAACACAGUGAUGGAACAGCAUACUUCCGUCACUGCAACAGACUUGACCCUUGCUCAAAGCAAAGUCCAUUUCUUUUUGAGUUACCACUUGUCUUUGGCUUUCCUUCCAGCAGGAUACUGGGAUGUGAUCAGUACUUUUGUUUAAAUUGAAAGCAGGAGAUGCUUUCUGUGGGGUGUUGUAUGGCAGGAGUAUUUACAGGGUUAUACCAAAAUAGCUUUACACUCGUCUGCCAACUAGUUUUGUACUUAUACUGCUGUUUGUUUUGUAUUAUGCAAGUGGGCAGUGUAAAAACUAUCUGGGGGAUAACAGAGGGUGAAGAGAAGUGCACAGCACCAUGGGCAAAGUGAGACUGGAACACAAGUCUCAGGGGGAGAUGCCCAGUUUUAUAGAUAAGCCUUGGUAGUACUAGGGAAAGUGGGUGCCAACCUAUCAUCCAGGAACAGCAGCUUUCCUGUUUGUCGUAUUUUGAGGGCCAUGUUUAUAUGAUGCAGUGCAGAUGCCUCAAAGGCAGCCAGUCCCGUGCUUGAGCUCUCAGCUCAAAGGCUCUGCCUUUACCCUGUGCUGAUUCAGCUGUGCUGAUCCUGGCUCAGGGUGGGAGAGUGCAGGACUCUGCAUCACGGUCCCAGCAGGCAUAGCUUAAGAAUGCUCAUGUCACCUGAAUGUUUGUUUUUUUAAAACUUCAUCCUUCAACGUAUUCAGGGAUCUGGAUUUCCCCAUCUUCGCAUCUUAAAGUAGCUCCUUCAUAUGAGCAGAUGUAAAAGGUGAAUACUUACUUGUUCCUAUUAAACACAAUGAGAAAUGGAUUUGGUUGUAA